CACGCCCCGUGCCGGCAGGACGAGAAACGGGAUGUAACUUUUAGAAGUACGUGUAAUGCGCGUCGCGCGUACUUCACGAAGUACUUCUGCGUCGUACUUCGGUAUUUUCCGCGGAUGGCCGCGUCCCUCGACGAUGCGAGAAAAUUUCGCACUCGGGUGCGCUCGAUUAAAAACUGACGCGAGAUCCGUCGUGACGACACCAACCCGCGCCACCCGGGUCGCGUCACAAGUGCUCCGAAAACAAGUGUCAAGAUGUAAUAUAACGUGCUCCAAAGUUCAUUUGAAUUCGAUAGUGAAAUUUCAUUGACAAGUAAAACGUGUGCGGUUGUCAUCAGCGUGUGAAUUUCCACGCGCAGUGCAUCACAAUUGCGUGGUUUAAGCCGUUGGUCGGGCCCUGGGAUUCCGACACGCGAGCUGAAGCGCGAUCGCUCCAUCGCGUAUCAUCGGGCCCCGCCGAUCGACCGCCUUUUGUGCCGCGCGAUAGGUGUCGCAUAUUAAAACGUUAAUCCGUGCUGUACUACCGGUUAUACGUAUACACAGAGAUUUGUUCUCAACCCUCCGAUCCGCUCGUCCUAUCCUCUGCGUCCGUAUUUUUUCUUUCUAUUACGUUGCGCUCUUUCUUCUUCCCUUUAUCUUUCGAACUUUAUCUUCCCUCUCGUGCUCCUCAUCGAGGAGCCGCUUUCGUCGGAGCGCACUCGAUCUUCUCCCUUUCCGCCUUGUUCUCUCUCUGGUCAUUCCCUCCUCCUGCCCUUUGCGCGUCGCGUACCUUUCUCUCUCAUUCCCCUUCGCCACUUCAGGCCGCCCUUAUUGCUCGAGACCGAGGCCGCGGCGAGUAGGUUCGCGUUUCGCGAGCGCGCGUGCCAAUCGAGAAAUGCUGAACGAGCGACGCGAUGAAUCCGAUGCUGCCGGCGGCGGCGAGACGCUCGCGAGACGACGAGGAUACACGACGACGGCAUCGCGCGAUUGAGUCCUCCAUUCUCUCACCGCGGCAACGAGUCGCUCCGUUCGGCGACUCAAUCGCCUCUCUAUCUCUCGCGAGAAAGAGGUAUAUUUCGCGAUACGUCUCUCGCCGUUCCGCGAGGAGGAACUCUUUUAUUUCGAUUUAUAUCGAUCUCGUAUCAAUGCGAACGAAAUGACAUCUCUGAAGCACGUCGAUGAUGCGAUGCCGACACAUAAUGUUCUUUCGCGUGCAGAACGAUCGAUAUCGCGAGAUAAUGGCGGCAAAAACCUCAACAAAAGAUGCAUCGACAAACGGCAGACGUAAUCGUCUCUAUCAUUAUUGCGACUGACCGCCUCCUUCAAAAAAAGAAAAAAAAAAGAAGAAAAAAAAACACUUAACGAGAAAUCUCGCUGAGUGAAAUGUUCGAGUGAAAUGAAAAGAGACGUCACUCGGAAGACGAGAUAAAGUGUGCCGAUUAGUGCUUAUCGAUCAAACGAAAUUGACGUCGGGGAGGAGGAUAUCGUUGAGAGAAAGCGCGCUUACCUCUUAUUAGCCUCUCUCCGAUACACUUACCGAGCGAGUAUCACCGCAAAAACAAUUGCGCGAGAGAGGCCAAGGCGGUCUUCUUCGGCUUCUCCCAUCACGGAGCUCUUCCAGGAAAGCCGGAAUCUCAGGCUCCAGACGCAAUCAAGAGCGUAUACCACGACGAGAGGCAUUUAAUACGCUUACACUCCGCACACGAGGGUCUCCCCGCGGAGAACAAAAACCUCGGUGUCUCGAGUGCCUCGAAGCGUUGUCUUAUUAGCUUUUGCAAGAGAGAGAGAGAGAGAGAGGACGACCGACGCGGUCGCGAAAAGGGUCAUAAUAUACCGACGCGGAGGAAAGAAGAGAAGUGAGAGGGAGGAAAGGAAGAAGAGGACCCCGCCGGCGUUUCCUAGAUUAGAAGGUCUUGCCACGGCGAUUAUUAUCGUCGAGAGAGGGUACACCGUGAAGCCCAGGGUAGGAAGCAGAAGAACCGCCGGUGGAAAUCGAUCUUAACGACCGCCGUCCUCGUCGUCGGUCGGGUCCGGAUGUUGUUGCCCGUUCGUGAUCGUCCUCGUCGUCGGUCGCGCAAGAAGAACCAUGUCGAGCUUAGCGCGAAGAAGACGCACCGCGGUGCUGGGCUCGAAGCGAUGGUGGCAGGGUGGAUGCUGGGCGACCAGAAGCCACCAGGAAGCGUAUCUGCGCAAACUCUACGGCAGAAAGAACAACGACGGGGCAAGAAACGUCAUCGGCGCUCAGAAUGACGAGGACGCCGCGGCGCGAUCCGGAGGCAUCGACGCGCCCUGGACGACGACGCCCGGUAUCGUUUACGAUCUGCCGGGUACCGCCGACGAGCAUUACCUGGACGCGUUUCUGAGAAAUCGCGGUAACGAUGGGACGAACGAUGACGAUGUCGACGACGUCGUCGUCGCCGCGGUGGUCGGCUGCUCGGCGUUGGCGACGUCGCGUGCCAGCCCGACGGAGAAGUGCGUGGAGUUUCUGAAGGGCGCCCAUCACGACGGCGGGACCAGUUUCGAUCGUCGUACCGCGGGAGACGCGGAAUGCGGCCGUGUGGCCGCCGACUGCGGUUGUUCGGUGCAUUCGGGCUACGACGUGGCCGCCGGUUGUUCGGAAAAAGUGUGCAGAAGCUGCAGGUGUCCGCGAGAGGAGCAUCAGCGAGCUUCGACGGAGGCGGGCGGUCCAUCGGGACUCGGACUAGGCCCGGGUCCGCCGAUGGCGAUGGCCAUGGCGUUCCCGGGCGGCGCCGGCGGCGCGCCUCAUCAGGAACCGUUUAAAAGCCCGGUCCAAGCCGCGCCGGCCGGAUUAGCGCUGCAGGAGGCCCUGAUGCAACACCAACAGAGGCACUCGCAGAGCGACGACGAUAGCGGCUGCGCGCUCGAAGAGUACACAUGGGUGCCACCCGGGUUAAGGCCCGAUCAGGUGCAUUUGUACUUCAGCGCGCUGCCGGAGGACAAGAUCCCGUACGCGGGUAGCGCCGGCGAGCGAGAGCGUGUCAGGCAGCUGCUUCAGCAGCUACCGCCGCACGACAACGAGGCGCGAUACUGCAGCGGCCUGUCCGAGGAGGAAAAACGCGAAUUGCGGGUGUUCGCGGCGCAACGGAAACGCGAAGCGCUCGGACGUGGACACGCGAGCCAGCUCGAGCGGCCGCACGGCGCCGGUUGCCGCGAGUGCGGACGCGCAAUUGCGGCCGGCGAGAUGGCUGUUGCGGCGAGUCGGGCGGGCCCGGCCGCGCUCUGGCAUCCCGCCUGCUUUGUCUGCUGCGUGUGCCGCCAGCUGCUGGUCGAUCUAAUCUACUUUUGGCGGGACGGCAGGCUCUACUGCGGUCGUCACCACGCCGAAACCCUUAAACCCCGGUGCUGCGCUUGCGACGAGAUCAUCCUCGCCGACGAGUGCACCGAGGCGGAGGGCAAGGCCUGGCAUAUGCGGCACUUUGCCUGUCUCGAGUGUGAUCGACAGCUCGGUGGCCAGCGGUACGUGAUGAGAGAAGGCCGGCCGUACUGUCUUCGGUGCUUCGACGCCUCCUUCGCCGAGUACUGCGACAGCUGUGGCGAGCCGAUCGGCGUCGACCAGGGCCAAAUGUCGCACGAGGGUCAGCACUGGCACGCGACCGAGGCCUGUUUCUGCUGCGCGACCUGCCGCGCCUCCCUCCUGGGUCGGCCGUUCCUGCCGCGACGUGGUGCCAUUUACUGCAGCAUAGCGUGCAGCAAGGGGGAACCGCCGACGACACCGAGCGACUCCUCCGCCGGGCCGCCGCCGCCCCCGCCGUCUUUUCUCAGGAGCGGCAGAAGGCAAACGGUGGCCACAAGCGAGGGUUCGUCUAGUCCACCUCCUCCACCUCCACCUCCGCUUCCUCCGGGCUCGAGGCAUACUCUCGGAUCUCCAAGAAAUUCGCCUCGAAUGACAAGAAGGCACCAACAAGUUUCUGCUUCCUUGGCGACGACACCGACCCAGAACACUUUGAAUCCCGAGUUUGGCACGGAAAGUCUCACCUCCAGCGGAUCUAGACCGAGCGGCCUAGACAGAGUGCUUCUCGAGCGAAAUCUUGAGAGAUUGCUGCAAGAACGCGGAUCUCAUUCUGACGAAAAUCGCGGCGAAUUAGGAAGACUGAUGCAAGCGCGGGAUCGAGAACCUCUUAGAUGCGUGCAAACCAACACGCCUUCUCAUGCGUCGAGUAUGCCGGAGUUGCCGCCACCGCGACCAUCUUCCGGAGCGUCAGCGUCGAUGUCGAUAUCGACCGGUGGCGUGGCGGCUCCCGGCGGUAUGUUGACGGAAGAGGCGACGACGUCGCCGGUCAAUCCCGGACUCGGAACCAGUCAGACGGAUCCGCCGACGCCGACGUCGCGACGCGUGCGAUUCCAGGGGGAUUUGGAUGUCAACGACCACGGCGCAACGUCGCGCAUUCCCCUUUCGCCAUCGAACGACCACAACUCAUCGUCAUCGUCUUCUCCACCGCCGGUCUCGCUAUCGAAGACGAACGUGUCUCGAUCGAGAAGUCUACAGUCCGACGAAGCCGCCAGCACGUCCGCUUGGGGAAUAGCGAGUACGUCUAGAUCGAGAAUGGACGGCGAAGACGACGACAUCGAGAGCUGUUGUUCGACGUGCAGCUCGUCCAGUAGCUCGGACGAGGCCGCUGCUUACGCGCUGCCUCCUCGAAGAGCUUACGGCGGCGUCAGGAUCUCUUACGUGCCGAACGACGCGGUGGCGUGCGCGCGAAAACGCACUCCAGCGUCCACGUCAUCGUCCAAUCAAGCUCAGCGGGACACCGAAAAGUGCGUCAUAUCUUGAUGACUCCUCCGAUGCUCUAUGAGUUUUUGUAUCGCUUUGUCGUCAUGAGUAUUAAAAGAGUAAAUAAAGGGAGAAACACAAACGGGAAACAGAGUUCCUACAAAAACGGACGUAUGUCAUUCGAUGUCUUUCGAAGCGCCUGCGACAUCGCAGCACGUCUCGCACGCGUGAAGCAUGCGCGCAUAUUGUGUUUCCUGUUGAACGGCACAUGGACACGUUCGUGCGACAACGUGUAAAAACGAAAUACUCAUUUUAUUAUUAUCGUGUAAAUAUUUCGAGCUCUCUUCCGGGACGAUUGUAACGCGUCAUCUCGUUUCGGCUAGUGCGCCCGUCCCUCUAUUUUUAAUACCCCAUUAAUGUAUUUGAUGAUAAUAAAAAAAAAAAAC